AUGGCCUCCCAGCUGCCCCCCUACAAGCAGGACUUCCUCAAGGCCGCCAUCGACGGUGGCGUCCUGAAGUUCGGCUCCUUCGAGCUCAAGUCGAAGCGCAUCUCCCCUUACUUCUUCAACGCCGGCGACUUCUACCGCGCCGACCUUCUCCGCGCCAUCUCGCUCGCCUACGCCCACACCGUGAUUGAGGCGGCCGAGGCCACCGGCCUCGCCUUUGAUGUCGUCUUCGGCCCGGCCUACAAGGGCAUCCCCCUCGCGACCUCGACUACCGACAAGCUCGCCGAGCUCGACCCGGCCCGCUACGGCACCACGUGCUACUCGUUCGACCGCAAGGAGGCCAAGGACCACGGCGAGGGCGGCAACAUUGUCGGCGCGCCCCUCAAGGGCAAGAAGGUCCUGAUCGUCGACGACGUCAUCACCGCCGGCACCGCCAAGCGCGAGGCCAUUGCCAAGAUCCGCAAGGAGGGCGGCGAGGUCGUCGGCAUUGUUGUUGCGCUCGACCGCAUGGAGAAGCUGCCCGCCGCCGACGGCGAUGACAGCAAGCCCGGCCCCAGCGCCCUGGGCGAGAUCAAGAAGGAGUACGGCAUCCCCAUCUUCGCCAUCCUGACGCUCGACGACAUCAUUGAGGGCGCCAAGAGCUUCGCUUCCGCCGAGGACAUCAAGCGGACGGAGGAGUACCGUGCCAAGUACAAGGCCACCGACUAA